GAUAAACGGAAAAUUAUAAAUCUGUAAUGUCGUAACAGUUAUUACGUAGAAAUUUUCCAUACAAGUUUUAUUAUUGUAAAGUUAUUUAGUCGAUCCCUUAAAUGUGAAAUCAAUAUGAUGAAUGAACGUACUAUGAGAACUAUCAGUUUGAGAUUCUAAUAUAUUUUGAAAAAUGAUAGGUUACACAAGAAACCAUAGUGUAUCCAAAUCUAUCUAAAUUCUAUAUACAAUGCCAACAUAUAAAAUAGCGUCGUAGAAAUUUAUUGUGUCAUAAACACCAUUUUUCAUAUUUUAUAUAUUCUUAUUGUGUGACGAAUUUGACUUUUACAUAUAAAAGAGAAAUUUACACAAAAUUUGUUUUAUAUGUAUAUAAAAUGGAAAUAUUAAAACAACGACAGAAAAAGAAAGAAGAAAAGACUAAACUUUCUAUAGAACAACAAAUACCAGAUGUUCCAACAUUGGAAGAGUUUGAAUGUCUUCUUGAAGAAUCUCCUACAAAUUAUCCCAAGGGAGAAGGCAUUGAAAAUAUGGAAAGUGAAUUACAUUCUGCUGCAAUUGACACUGAACUCUAUGAACAACAAUCUAUUCAAACAACUGCAGAAGAGACAAAAGGGUCACAAGUUACAAAUAUCAAAAAUGAAAUUGAUGUUAAAAUUGGGAAUGAUUUGACAUCAUCAUUGAAUAAUUUAGAGGGAAAUGUGGAGAAAGUUACAACAUCGAUUUCUAUGAUAGAAUUAAUUAAUAAUACAUCUGAUGCUCUUAAUAAUGGAACUGCAACACCAAAUUUAUCUCAAGCUACUUUAAAUAUAUCAAAUUCAAAAAAUUUCACUUGUGAGAAGGAAACAAAAAAUUUAAAACAAAAGAAAGAGGGGGAAAGAAACAAUCAAUCAGAUUCUAUCAUAAAUGAAAUAGAUGACACGCAUACUGCUUUUGAGGAAAUUACGCCUUUCACAGAGAGCCAAUUAGCAUCAUUAUAUACUAAUAAAGAGUUAGCAUUGAUUGAUAUAUUUAUUUCAGAAUUUGUUGAAGUACAACUUAAGAGUAGUACAAUUAGACAGCAACAUAAAUUUCAACAGCUUUUAACGAACUAUCUUCGUGUAAGGAAUCAUUUAAUUAUCAAUUCCCAUGAAUUGGAAAUUUUAAAAAAAUCCUGUAAAGAAUUGCAAAAAAAAUUAUGGUGUUUAGAUAAAGCCUGUAUUAGGGAAGCAGGAGAAUGUCAAGAUGGAAAUCCUGUUUUUGCUACACAUGAAUAUUGCACUGCACAUUUCAAUCAGCAGGCAUUUAGUGUAUUGACUCGAAAUUUAUCAACAAUAAAGGAUUUAUUAUACAACACUCAAGCAUUAUAUUGUUAUGAAGCAGAAAUGUUUAGGUUUCAAAUUGAACAGUAUGUUCAAAGAGUUUACGACUCUUGUUAUGAAUUUGUAGAGAUUCCUCCUUAUAGUGAAGAUGUAAAUCUAUUACCGUUGAAUAUUUCUUCAGAAGCAAUUCUGCAACUAAUGGAACUUAGGAUGUGCAUAACUAUAUUGUUUAAUUUUCAAAGAAAAUUAUUAAAAGAUGGAAAAUUUGUAGCAGAUACUAGAGAAUGGCUUGAAAGAUUAAUACAAGUUUUGUUGAAAGUAGCAACUUGGCAAGAUCAUUUAUUUAUAUUGAAUCAUAUCUUGAGAUGUCCUGGUGGAGUAAUGGAUUGGGCUCAUAGCUUUGUUCAAGUUCCUAUACAUCCAGACCUUGGUAAAUUAGGCGUAUCUCCAUUGAAUGACCCAUAUUUAGAUCAUGUAGUAACUAUGCUGGCUGUAAUACUACUACCUAUUAAAGAUAGAGAUAAGUUCCUUGAACAGGUACAACAAUCAUUGCAAGAUACAGCAUGUAGUCCAGGUGAUACUAUUUGGCUAAUGUUGGAUGAGGAAGGAGAGGAAGAUGAAGAUAUAGCUAAUGUUGGUGCAAACCUAUUUGAAAGUGACCUUAUUUCUUUACUAAACCAAAUUCCUUUUACUAAAGUAUUUGAACAAGUGUUAUGUAUUCGACAUAACAAUGUUUAUUAUCAGAAAAAAACUUAUAUUACACAUUAUCAUUUGUUUCGAAUGUUCGCGUUUUUUACAACUGUUAUUAGACUUUUGAAGCAAGGUUUAAAAACAUAUGAUUCUCCAAGAUAUAGACAACUAACCAAACGACUAAGUGCAUUAAUUAGAGAUAUUGUGCAAUAUGCUAGUGAUCAAUGGGAAGAUUUCGAUAAAAAUCAGAAUACUCAUGCAUCAGUAUUGGUAAAACUUCAACUUGAAUUUGAUUGCUUUUUUUUAAAAGCAGUUUUGUGCAUAUUUUCGUCACGUCGUUUGGGGGCGUGGCAAUAUUUAGCUUCUAUGCCCUAUCAUGUAAUAUCGUCCAAUAAUUUAUGGAAAAUAUAUUAUAUUUUACACACUGAUUGUACACAAGUAGAUAUGCCCGUUACUAAUAAAUAUAUUCAUGAUUGGAUAAAUGAAUUAAAUUCUUCACAACUUCGUGCAAAAUUUGAAGAAAAGUUAAGUAGCAUGCCAGGGGAUGAAUCAUAUUUUCUUUUAACAACCUUUGCUAAUAUGGCUUUGGCAAGGACUGAUAAGGAUUAUGAUUUUGUAAGAACAACGACAAUAGAUUUGUUUCAAAUAGGAUUUCUUAGUGAAAAAACACAAGAUUCUUGCUCAAAAGAUGCUAGAUCUCUUCUGACAAAUUUAACAAAUAAAUAUCCUUCAUUGCUAUCAGAUAUCUUACUGAAGUUACGAGAUAAUUUUGUAUCAGCUGGGAAACUAAGUUUAUAUUUAUUCACUGACUUAAAAUUACACAAAUGGGUACCACAUGAAAAAGAUAUAGUUAUUCUUUCUACAUGGUUGAAUCAAUAUCCAUUAACAUCAACUGAGAAUCAGUUAGCCCGUUUAAUUCUUACUAACUUAAAUUGGGGAUUUAAUGAAAGUGGUAACUUAUAUCUUCCUAUUGAUGUACAUAGACGCAUAGCAUUAUUAACUGUUGAACUCACCAUGAAAUAUGUACCUGAUUCUUCUGUCCAAAAUGCCUCUUUAUUGGUAGAAGGUGUUAAACAGGUUUCAACAAUGAUAAGACCUCAAACUGCUGAACAUAUUUUUUCAUUAUGGGCAUGGGAUAUGAUUUCUAAGCUUAGAUUACACCAACUUGAUCAAAGUGAAGCACUUUGUCAUUAUGCACUUAUGAACCUCACUGCAGCAUUUGCUGAUGUACCAGACAUGGACUCUGAUUCACGCUUGGACAUUUUGGUCAUUGGUACAUUAGAAAAGCAACCUAUUGCGUGUUAUGUGGCAACAAUCAUGACGUUAUGGGGCCAUUCUAUACCUUUGAUAUGUUCCAAAGGAUUUGCCCAAUUAGAAAUAUUGCAAUAUCAUUGUAAAUACGAACAAGUGCUUAUAUGUUUACAUCAUAUAAUACCGUUAUUUUUGGGAUGUAUCGAUUCAUUAUUUAAGAAUGAUAAAUUUAUUAGUCUUGUUAUUUCUCUAAUUGCGGCCGAUAGAUCUUAUAUGAAAGUUGCUAAAAGCCUUAUAACAGCCGACUUUCCAGGAACAAUAUUGAAACAAUUUUCAAAUAUGAUACAUUCACAUUUAUAUAAUUACAAAAAAUACCGUUUGCAGACACCAAGAGAUUUUGUAUACCUAUGGUUAAAUGUACUUGUACUUGUACCAGAUUGGAAUAAAGACCAAAGCGUAAUGUAUUUAAUGGAUAUAGUCAUCAGUGCUGCAUUUUUCCAUGUGGAUGCAAAAUCGAUAAUGGAUUAUAUGUUUCAGAAUCUUUUCUCUCUUGCCAUAGAGGAAAAUAAUGAGUCUACGUCUAACCGCAAUGUGAUGACAUCAUUUGGCUCAUUCUUAAAUUGGGCAACUGGUUCUUCAAAUUCUGUUAGUCUGUUAGGAAAAUCUACUCAAUCUGUUUGGGUUGCUUAUCAAGUACUACUAACUGAACAAUAUAACAGAGAAAUUAAAACUGGGUUAUGGCGUGAGAUUUUAAAGGAAUUGUCAGCACAACCUAAAAUAUCAUUAGAUUCUGCUAUGAAGCGAGCUUGUGCAACUGUAAAAAUGCAUCCGUUCGGAGCAAAUGGAUUAUCUAUAUAUCGUUGGUCGCAGCAAGCACUAGAUACACCUCUAGGACAUCCUAUUCUUCCUCUUUUAUGGCAAAACUUUUUUGCAUUAUUUCUUGCAAGAGUCCCGUCAAUAUCAGGAGUUCAUCGUGGUGGAAUUGGUGAAAAAUUUUUUGAAGGCAUGAUUAAUUUAAGUUAUUUAAAAAAAUUAAAAAAACGAUUACACGAUACUACUACAUACUUUCAGUUAAAAGGAGAAAAAGAAUUAGAUAAUGGAGUGCCAAUCACUGAUGACAGACGAGCAUUUUACUUUAAUGCAGCAAAGCUUUAUAAAACUUUAAGUUUGUGGCUUGAAGAACCAAGAUUACAUGAACCAGGUCUUUAUUUACCAGCAUUACCUCCACAAUAUAUGUCACAAAAAUUAAUAUUACUUGUUCAGGAUAAUUGGGCACCAUGGUUAGAAUAUAUUGAUUAUUGGGCAGUUCAGCAAAACCAAAAAAUGGCAGUUCAAGAAUGGGAGCGUACAUGCUGUAGAAAUGAAGAAAAUUUCGAUCAGAAGAGUAGAAAUGUAUCAAUCUCACCUCCUAAAAUGGAUGAACCAUUGCAAAGAGUAUUUAAAAGAUUGACCACAUAUAAAAGACCUGUUUCUCCUCCAUAUGGUUGUCACUAUCGCGAACAUCUUAUUGAGAUAAAUAAAGAAACUGUAUACAAUGCUGAUUUAGUAGUAGAAGAGGCUGUAAUGUGUUUGCAAUCAAUAUUAGACUAUGUUGAGACUUAUAAUUUAAUGCUUCUUGAGCAUACUGCAGUGAAUUCUAGCUUUUUGGAACUAGUGCCUACACUUUAUAGAGAAAAUGAGAAUCAAGUAGUAUUACAUGCAUUAUGUGAUCCAGCACCUCCAAAUCAGAAACACUCUAUAUCAGGAACACCACCUACUGUGCACUGUGCUGGUCCAGCAGUAAUUACAAUUAAGGUACCUGAAGCUCACAUGAGUGAUCCUAUUGAUCACAUGAUAAAACAAAAUAGAGCUGAAUAUGAAAAUUUGUUGAUAAAAGCUACUCUGCCACCAUCAAGUGUGCUUAUUUGUGAAUCUUUUUUUCUAGACCAUUUAAUUGGAAUGUUGGAACACGAAAUAACUGUAAAUCGAACAGAUGAAAACACAACAGUAUUGUAUAAAAUUCAAGAAAGUGGAGUUAAAUUAUUUUAUUGUUUUAUAGACCAUUAUACAGAAGAAGUAUCAAAUUGCCCAAUAACAAAACAACUUAUGACUACUUAUUUAGAAAGAUUAGGACAGAUAUUUAUUAGUGGGGAAGAAAAUCAAAGUCCACAAUUAUUAAGCACUAUUAUGCAGAAACCAAACCUUGGUAGUUUACUUGGACCUUAUUUUACGCCUGUUGCUGGUAGUGCUUCAGCAUUUUUACAAAUGUAUCACACUGUUGUAGAAUUUUCUAUGAGUACAAAAGUCGAUCUUUGUUUUGUAUUAUUAUCAAAAUUUGACGUGGGAAUUUGGUUAAAUUAUAAGCGUCCAAGAUUAAGCGAGCGAUCAACAUUCAUACACUUAAUAUUUAGAGCUCUUUGUGAUAUGGGUCUUAAUCCAGAUGAAACGAAACUGGUACUACAUGAGUUAUUUAGAAAUCAUCUCCGACUUAUAUUAUUACAUGAAUUCCCAGAACAUUAUGGUGAAAUUCUGAGUGUUGUAUUAAAAAAUAGUGAAAGGCAAGAUUUAUCACUAGAUAUUUGGCGAGAUUUACUAGGAGCACUCAGUGGUAAAUCAAAAAAUGCGUUUCCAAGUUAUUCUAAAAUUAGAGAUGAAAUUCGUCAUUAUGCUACUGAGCAAAAACUUCUUUCUCGACAAGAGAUAUAUGAUACAGCUAUAUUAUUAAAAAGACAUUUUACGCAGGAACGUUUAAAAUAUGGUCUUUAUGGAUUAUAUCCAAAAUAUAGAAUCUACAAUGAACCUUUAAGUACAUUCCUUGGUAUGGUAGGUCAUGCUCUUGUUGCACUUACUCUUCAAUCUGAUAGAGGUUCAUUAGGAGACCAAUUGUGUGAGAAAAUAUGGCCUGUCCUAAGUGAAAUGUAUUCACCUUGGAUUGCACCGUAUCGGACGCAAGAUUUAAAAGAACCAGCUGCCGCAUGGAUUCAACAACUUACAGAUGAUCGAUCUGUUUUAUUACCAUGGAUUGUAACAGAUGGCCCAUAUGCUAACAAAUUUGUAGCAAUGUUUGUUGAAUGUGUUCGUUUUAUUAUCGAUAUCUUGCCAGCAUCUAGCAAGAUACUCUGUUUCGUUUGGCAGUUUUAUGUUACCAAUUUUGCACAUGAUUCAGUUAAAGAUCAUAUUCUGAACGUUAUUCAUGGCAACUUUUUAUCAUUGCCAUGGGAUCGUUUCUAUCCAUCUGUAAAUGAUGUAGAAUUGAUGGCAAAAGUAAUUGAUCAAAAUUUACCAGAUAGUCACUUAUUCCUGGGAAGCGUGUUUACAUGUGUACACUGGCCACUUUGGAUAAAUGACUUAUUAGCAUCACAUCCAUUAGCUCUCAUAGCAAGGAUGCAUGUUUGUUUAUUAAAUCUAUUGGUAAAAUUAUCUACUGAACCAAACGUUAGACAGACUGAUAAAGUAAUUCAGUUAAUUACGGAUACUGAAAAACUUUCUUGGCAUUUAUUAGAUGCAUCUGCCUAUGAUCCAAUAAUUCGUUGGCAUGCCAUGAACUGUGAUUCAAGAGUUGUUCUCUAUUCGUACAAUGAGCAAUGCCAUCCUAUAGAUGUUGCUGUACAUAAUUUGUUAAAGGUGGCAGCAGGCUAUGAUCCUGUUGUAGGUCAUCUUUACCCAACUACAGGAAAAAAGAGACAACUAUAUAUACACUUUACGAUAAAAUUAUUAAUUGCUUGUACAACACGAUAUAAACCUUUAUUAUCUACAAAUUCAAAAGUAUUCAAUAAUACAUUAUCAAAAAUGCUGGAUGAUAUGGAAGCUAUUAUCUUAAAUACUGUUCCAGAACCUCAACAAAUUGCAGAAGCAAGUUCACUAAUUACUGAAUUACUGUGUGUUAUGAAUCAACAUGGAGUUCUCAUGGAACAUCUUCGCACUAGCUGGACAUUAUGGCUUUCAAAAAGAACAGCUAACAAUCCAAUUCUUAUGAGUAUACUUAAAGUUAUUGGAACAACAGUUUCUUCACCAACUAUACUUGGAGAGUUAAUGGAGGCUGCAUUAGAAUCAUAUUUUAAAUUUAAUUCAUCUGAAGAAGUUUCACCAACUUGGGCUUCAGUUUUAACAAUUUUCCAAUCAGUAAUACCUCGACGACCACCAUUGGAGACAUUCUUAAUUUCUGAGGGAAAGCUUCUUACUUUGUACUUUAUUUUACUUAAGCGACUUCCAUUAUGUCAAGACAUUAGAGAAGAAGGAGUGCUUCUUAUAAAUUUAGUUGACUGGAUCUCUGCUAUUAAGCCAACGAAUAUAAAUGAAGAAAAAUUACCUCUUUUUUGGGCUAAAACUUGUGAAUUAGCAUAUAGACAAUGUCAAUAUAAUGAAAAUACCAAAACUGCUGCUAGAGCUCUUAAAGGCCUAGCACGUUCGUUAUUAACGAUUGCUGAUGAUAGCGCACAGGGAUGGGGGAUAUUAGGAGCUAUUGGCCUUAAAAAAAAUUCCAAUCUAUCAAUAAGGUGCAAAUUUUUAAGUCGCGUGAUAGGGGUGUAUUGUUUAGCUCAAUUACCUGAAUCAAAAUCAGAACAACAGAUAGUAAGAUUUACACCUGAUUCCCCUGGAGUGGCAUCAUCAAAAACAAAUGAAUCAAAUGUAUUGGAAAUCCGACCUAGUACAGAAGCUAUUAAGGCUAUGCAGGCUUUAGAAGGACUUUUAUUGAAUAAACAAUAUGUGACGCUUACAGGAGACAUAGAACGAUCUAUUAAGUUAAUUAGGGAUCCUGCUAAUUCUUUGCACAACGCAACAGUUAUUCUAGGUGUAUUGACAACAGAGCUAUAUAAUCAAAAGUAUUUGCAUGUUUUGAUAGAUUAAUAUAAUAUUUUUUGAUCAGAUUAAAAUGAAAAUGGCCAAUGGUAAUUUUA